AUGAUAAAAUUUAGAAAAGAAAUUUUAAUAACUGGAUAAAAGUUAACAAAGAUAACUCUACAAUUUCCUUCUUCUCUCACGUUGUUUCUUCUCAUGAUCACUUAUUAUUCUCUUCCGGAAUCUUCCGGAGAAGACUUGUGCUGUAAAACUCAACGUGUUGGCCAUUCUAAUAUCGCUAUCUGUCAAAAACAGUACCAGUCGUUAUUGAGUAUAUAAUAUUGGUACAGUAGACCUACUCUACAUCGGAUUGGCGUUUCGAAAUUUCUAUGUAUGUCAAGGUAUCCGGAGCAAGAGAGAGAGAGAGAGAGAGAGAAACAGACAGACAGAUAGACAGAGAUUGCGUGAAAAUAUGAUGCUUGUGAUGGCUUGCUGAUGCGUUUUGUCGCGUGCAUGUAGCAAGAAGCGUGCCCUUCGUGGAUAUCUCUUCUCUAUGCAUCAGGAAGCACGACGCACAGUGUUGCCAAGCAUAAGCGUUCACAGAACUUGGGCAUGUUUCGAAUAAGUGUUUCGAGACAAUUUACGUAAUACCUCGCGGAUCUCUCUCUUUUCCUACUUCUUCGUUCUCCUCUUUUCCAUUUUCCACCUGCACUUUUCUUCGUCUUCCUCCAAUUCCACUAGUCCGUUUCUCCUUCGCCGUAAUCGCGCGUGCGAGUUACGCUAAUCUCUCUCUCCUUCUCUCUCUCUCUCUCUCGUUCUCUCUCUCUCUCUCUCUCUCUCUUUCUCUUGGUUACUCCGUAUCCGAUCGCUCUUGAAGAGUAGUUUUCGAGAGAGGUGGACGAAUCGUUCUCUUCGAAGCGAGCACACCACCGCUCCUUGGUAUUUUUAGUACGACGAGAGAGUAUUUGGCGGGGCGCACCGAGUUUCGCCUUCUCCUUCUCCUUGUCGUCGCCGUCGCCGUCGCCGCCGCUACCACCGUCUUGGUCUUCAUCUUUAUGAACGGCCGAUGUUGUCCGUCCGUCAUCGUUAUCCCACUAAUUGUCGUGGUUAUAGUUUAGUGCUUUCCUCGGUGGCAUUCUUCCGUCUUUUGUGAUCGGCGUGCUCGCGCCUUUCCGCAGUGAUGUAUCUGCGUACACGAUCGUUUCGUCAGUUUUGGUAUCUUCGUAUUCGAUCGCUCUUGCGGUCACUCUUCUCUGGCACGACUUAGCCACUACGGCUCGAGCAUCAUGUCGCGCUGAGAUUGUAUCGCGAGAUCUAGGACGAUCUUGAAUGUUCCGUCAAGGGUCGAAUUGGUGGUUUUACGUAAUUCCUGAUCUGACAGUGGUUCCGGGCUAGUCCAAAUGUUCAUAUUCGCGCCACGCGACACCAUGUCGACCUCCCGACAGGACUCUGUCUCGCGACGGGGUCGUUUCGCGCGUUCGUCCACAACGACGAGCGUAACACAGAUGCUAAGCGACUCCUGCACGAGUCUUCUCCAGAAGUUGACUACGAGGGUACGUGGAAUGUCUGCACUUAAUGACCGCGACGUCAGCUCCACGACGAGGCGAUCACCUAUUGUCGGCCGACUGGGUAACACAAGAAGUCGCUUGGAGGACAAAUACAGCACGAUUUUAGAUAAGUAUUCCGGCAAGAGGCACGCCAACGAUUCGGAACGAAGCGCUCGCGGUUAUACGCGGAAACAAGAGCGAGAUCACAGCUAUUACCAUCGAGACGACAGUCCGUUUGUGCGCGACGACAAGACUCUAGAACCUUCGAUGACUCGUACCGUCAUCAAGAGUCCCACCAGCGUGCUUCUUAGCGAGAAAGCUUAUCCCUACGUGAGCUCCGCGAUAAGCCGAGAAUCCAGACGCGAGAAGACGCCCGCCUAUAACCGCACAGCUCGGCAAACUUUAUUGAAUUCGGAAGCUUAUCGCCGUUACGGCAGACACAAGUCCGGACAUGCGGAAACGCGCAAUCGGAAGGUGAGACCGCAUCGAAACGGCAAGAGCGAGCAGCUAGAAGCUCACUCGACGUCCCUGAGAUUGUCCCGACCAGUUAAGAUCGAACCAUUAACGUUCAUGGACAGCAAAGAGAUCAUGGUCGAUCCGGACAAGACACCAGUCGCCAACAGCAAUACGGAGAACCUCAAUGACGUCGCUCAGAAUGUUACGCGGAACGCGUACGAUGCGUUAACAGAGGAUGUGGAUCCGGCGAUCUCGAAUCGCGCGGCCAAGCGAAAGGAGAUACAAAGUUUAAUUCUGAAGUACGCUGCCAUGGAAGACACCUAUAGUAAAUUGGCAGCUGGCGGACAGGCGAGCGUAUUGCCCAGCACGACGGAUCUCAUCGCCAGCAAAUACAAGAAGACCAAUCACCACAGCAACCAGAAAGACGACGCAUCCAAGGGCACAGUAGCCCCGGGUAGCGCGAGCGCGAUUAGCGAGGUGGACACGAUCCACGACGCGAUCAGCCCACGACCGCCCUCCGUCGAGGACGACGAAGACGGCCACCUUGUAUACCAAUCCGGCGAUCUCCUGGCCAAUAGAUAUAAAGUACUGGCCACCCUAGGAGAGGGUACUUUUGGAAAAGUUGUCAAGGUUAAGGACUUGCAAAUGGAUCAUGUGAUGGCUUUGAAGAUUAUUAAAAACGUGGAAAAGUACAGGGAAGCAGCAAAGUUGGAGAUAAAUGCUCUUGAAAAGAUCGCUAAUAAGGAUCCGGAGGGUCAACAUCUAUGUGUAAAGAUGCUCGAUUGGUUCAAUUAUCACGGACACAUGUGCAUCGCAUUUGAAAUGCUUGGUCUGAGUGUUUUUGACUUCCUGAGGGAUAACAGUUACCAGCCCUAUCCGUUAGAACAUGUUAGACAUAUGGGCUAUCAACUUUGUUAUGCCGUAAAGUUCUUACAUGAUAAUAAACUCACGCAUACGGAUCUUAAACCGGAGAACAUUUUAUUCGUUGAUUCGGAUUACGACAGCACAUAUAACAACAAAAAGGUUUUUCUUUUUAAGCGGAGGGACAUGAGACGCGUGAAGCGAACUGACAUCAAACUUAUCGACUUUGGUAGCGCUACUUUCGAUCACGAACAUCAUAGUACAAUCGUUAGCACAAGACACUAUAGAGCACCCGAAGUGAUUCUAGAAUUAGGUUGGUCUCAACCCUGUGACGUUUGGUCCAUUGGUUGCAUCUUGUUCGAAUUAUACCUGGGCAUCACGUUAUUCCAAACGCAUGAUAAUCGCGAGCACCUGGCGAUGAUGGAACGCAUACUUGGCACGAUACCACAUCGCAUGGCUCGCAAAACUAAGACUAAGUACUUCUACCAUGGUAAACUGGAUUGGGACGACAAAAGUUCGGCCGGUAGAUACGUACGAGAUAAUUGCAAACCAUUACAUCGUUAUAUGCUGUCCGAUGAUGAAGAACAUCGUCAGCUGUUCGAUCUGGUUCAACGAAUGUUGGAGUACGAGCCCUCGCAACGUAUUACUCUGAAGGAUGCAUUGACUCAUUCGUUCUUCGACGCUUUACCAGCAUCCCAGAGAUUGCCUGACCCACGAGCAGCUGGUGAUUCUCAACAAUCUCACGAACGAUCACAUUCACUUUCUCGAUGAAGCUAGGAAAGGGACCGACCUCCGUGCUGGACAGACACUCCACUUUCAACGACACUACUGCCCUAUGUCUUCGUCUUAAUAUCAUUAAUUUUCAUGAAAACAUGUCUUUCGUAGUUACAAGAUCCGAUGAUGUGACGAUGUAACAUUGAUUUUGAAAAAUAGUGCGUGUAUGUGUGUAUAAAUACCGAUCAUUGGAAUUCUUUAUUUAAUCUGCACUUUACACUGAUUUAAUUUGGAACUGUAUACAUAGAGGAACUACACGUAGGAAAAGUAGUAGUGCCGUGGAACUUGGACUAAUAUAUAUAACGACGAGCGAUCAGAUCAUUACCCGUUGCCCGAUAAGCUUCCGGGUUCGCGUUUGUUUUUAUCGCAAUUGUCGAUCAUAAGACAGCGACGAGGUCCCUGUUACUGGCGCGCAAAGGCCAGUGUGUCUGCUCAGUGUAGCGUAACAGAGUCCCAAAAUUGUAAACAAUUUUUUAAAUGCUCUUCUGUACAUUUUUGUCCCUUAAAUUUAUUACAAUGUUAUUAUACGAUAUAAAUGAAUUUGGAAUAAAGAUCACUUUCGGGGUCUACAGUUCAUAAUCUGUUUAGAAUUGACGACCACGAAUGUGUUCUGACAGUAAGUAUCGGACUAGUGAAAAAAUAAAAUAGUUAUACGCGUACACGUCAAUAGAGUUGACAGAAAUUGAGAGGAAACGAUAGACGCGAGCGAGAAAGUGUGUGAAUAACGAUCACCACAAUUCAUCGUUGUGAAUUAUAUACAUCUUGAAAUGUAAGAAUACAUAAUUGUCUUAGAAAAUAUUCUCUCAAACAACUCUUUUCUUUUAUUCAUUUCUGAUAAGUCUAUCAUACAAAAUGACAUAAGUUGAAUAAGCAUAGUAUAAAGUCGUUGGAUUAAUAAGUAAUAUCUUAUGUAUGGUAAAUCAAUAUAGUAUCUUUAUGCUGAAUGGAGCGUCCGGUAGUAUUGUACUACUACAACUCGUGUCAUUUUGUGAAUGAUGGGUUAUACAUUGAAUUCGGGAAAAGAAUUCACAAAAUUCACAAAAUUUUUUGCGAGCAUCGCCUUGUAAAAAUUUUGGCCUAAUUAAGUAAUAUUUUU